AUGUCGUCAACGACAAAGCUGGGGAGACUCUGGGCCAAGAACCCUCCGCCUGAAAACGCAGAUGCUUGCCCACCUUCAAAGAGCUCGCGGUGGGACUCGUCGCGGUUUCGGAAUGACCCGGAUGCUUCUCCCAAGGCCGAACACGACCCAAUUGCUCUUGUGGUCGAACAUGAUGCCACUGCUCCUGGCGAGCCUCACAACAUAUGGGUUAGAGCGGAGAAGAAAUUAACCAAGAAUGACAAAACAAACAAAGUAUGGCAGCAAUACCUUGAGAUCCUCGAAUCGGAGCUCGGGGCAAAACUCGAACCCAGCGGGACUGUCGAGCGUCAGCAACAGCUAUACAAACUUCUCGAGAUCAAGGCCAAAGAGCUGGUUGACAAAAGGUGGAAAGUCCAAUUAGGUGGUCAUGAAAUGCAAGUCAGGACUAUAAUAACUCAAGCUUGCAAAAACCUUUUACAUGCAAAGGAUCAAAUUCAACGGGUAGCCAAGCACAUCUCUCCUCAAGCAGUGCACGCUUGUACCGGAACGGCCAUGGUUCUCACCCUUAUCAUCCAGGCCGCAGAGCACAAUGCCGCCCUUCUCAAGGGCUUGAAAUCUACUUCUGCGUUAAUCUGCCGCCUCCCCAUCAUGGAAGAUGUCUAUCUACCGACGGAGCCUUGGUCUGCCAGGCCAGCACAUUUUGACGCAUUCCAGGAGAAAUUUGAAGAAAGUCUAACGACGUUAUAUUCUCUGGUUCUCGAAUUUCAGGCACGGGCUCUUUGCUACCUAAAGCGUGUUUGGGCCGCUCAGGUCCUGAGAGACAUGGCGAAGCUAGAUACGUGGGAAGGGCUUCUGAUGAGCAUCGAAAAGUCCGAGGACGCUCUGCGAAGCUACACCCAACUACUUGACGCCGAGGAGAUGAAGAGGAGGUUUGACGAAAUUCGUGAUGCGCAAGAGAAUGACGUUAGGUUUCGAACGUGCGAAUGGUUCACUUCUCAUCCUCGAUUCCAUGAAUGGAAGAACAAAGGCUCCGGUCUGCUCUGGGUGUCUGCCGAUCCAGGGUGCGGGAAGUCUGUCCUGGCCAGGUACCUGGUUGAUGAGGUCGUUCUAAGCACUAGUCAAAGCACGACGUGUUACUUCUUCUUCAAGGAUGAUUCUGAAGACCAAAAAACCGCAGCGAAUGCCCUCUGUGCGAUCCUACGCCAGCUUUUCUUGGAAAAACCCGAUCUUUUACAGGAAUCAAUUCUUGCAGAGUUUCAAACAAAGAAGGACACUCACGUCUCGUCGUUUUCCGAUCUGUGGAAUACUCUUCUGAGUGUCGCCGCAGAUCCAAAUGCUGGAGAGAUUGUGUGCAUUCUGGAUGCAUUGGACGAGUGUCAGGACCGCGACCGAUCUCGGCUCAUCCAGGCUUUGACAGAACUUUACUCUACCAACUACCUGUCCAACUUGAAGUUUCUAUUAACCAGUAGACCAUACGGUCACAUCGGACGCGAAUUCCGGGAGCUAGAGAACUUACUACCGUCCAUUCAUCUCCGAGGCGAGAACGAUGACGAAAUCCAGAAGAUUUCUUUGGAGAUAGACCUCGUCAUCAGAAGCAGAGUCGAAGAUAUCGGCAACAAGUGCUAUCUCUGGGUUCAUCUAACCCUCGAUGCCAUUGAAAAUAUGGAAGGCUUCACGAAAGGCGGCGUCAGGAGAGCAGUACAACAAUUACCGCAGAGCGUCGAUGACGCCUACACCAAGAUCCUAGAAGGGAGUCGGAACCCCGAAAAAGCCAGAAAACUCCUUCAUAUGAUUAUUGGAGCAACGAGACCGCUCACGGUGGGAGAGAUGGCGAUGAUGAUGGCCCUCGAUGGAAGUCACAAAUCAUACGACGAUAUUGAACAGGAACUGGAGCCGGACGAGCGAUUUGAAAUCACUCUCCGUGACAUCUGUGGCCUUUUUGUCGUCGUCAUAGAUAAGAAGGUCUAUCUACUCCAUCAAACGGCCAAAGAGUUUCUACAUUCGAUGCAACUUGAGGAGUCAAAUAGACUGCUCGCGGAAAGAUGCAUUUGGUAUCUCUGUUCAAACUUUAUUGAGGCUAGUGGAGGAGUCUUGCUUGAAUAUGCCUGCUAUAACUGGCCUAGUCACUUUCGCGAGGCUGGUAUAUGUAGCGGGGAGAAAAUAACCGUGUUGGCACGAAAGCUUUGCAAAGAAGGUUCCAAGGAAUAUACCGCAUGGUUUGCUAAGUAUGGAUCAAGAUACUGGUUUCCAAAGUCCAGCAGUUCCCUUCCCAUGGCGUCAUAUUUCGGACUUGCCGGGUUGGUGGAGCUGCUCCUCGACAAGGGCGCCGCGCUGGAGUCGAGGGAUUCAAGAUUCGAUCGGACGCCGUUGUUUUGGGCUGUUCGGAAUCGGCACGAGGCGGUGGUGAAGCUACUACUCGACAGAGGCGCCGAGAUAGAUACCAAGGAUAAGACGGGACAGACUCCGCUGCUUUGGGCUGCGGAGAAUGGCCACGAGGCGUUGGUGGACCUCCUCCUCGAGAAAGGCGGUGGGAUCGAGUCCAGGGACGAAAACGGACGGACUCCAUUGUCACGGGCUGCACAGGAUGGCCGCGAGGCAGGGAUAAUGCUGCUUCUCGCAAAGGGUGCAGCGAUAGAGACCAGGGACAGAACAGGUCGGACGCCAUUGCUAUGGGCCGCAUGGCAGGGACGCGAGGCGGUGGUUAAGCUUCUCCUCAGCAGGGGUGCUCACACAGAGCCCAAGGAUGAGAGCGGACGGACUGCGCUAUCAUUGGCAGCCGAGUAUGGGCGCGAGGCAAUUGCCAAGAUGCUCCUCGAGAAGGGCGCCGAGGUGGAUUCGAGAGAUGUCGAGGGUUGGACGCCGCUGGUGUGGGCGAGACACCGCGGGCGGACGUCGUUGGCAAAGCUGCUGCUCGAGAAUGGCGCCAAUCCCGGCGUGAUAGCCAAGUUUGAGCCACUGGAAUACAUUAGGUAG